UACAAUAAAUGAAAGAGGAAGUAAUAUUUUCAUUAAAUGAAUGUUGCCGAUAAAAAAAUUGGAAAAUGAUCGCUGUUGUCUAUUGUUUGAUUAUAAUUUCCAUUGUAUUUAGAUAUACCAAAGGGGAUCAACUGAAUCUUGCAGUGAACGACCAUACCACGACAUGGAAAGAUGCUUUUGGUUUCUGCAAGGAUCAAACGUACUGGCAUCAGAUAUUUAAUGACUGUCAACCUGAAACCUGCACUGCCUAUGCUGUUGUAGAUAAAAUUAUUAAUAAGUUAAACCUAGGGAGGCAACAGUAUUGGAUCAAUGGAUAUAUACUGAGAUCACCUGUCAUCGUCAACAAAGGAUGUUACAGUUUAAAGGUUGAACAAAAAGAAUAUUUUUACAGUAGAAACUUCUCAUUUCUAGAAAAUUCAGUUUACGAAUGCUCUAGGUCUUGUGUGAAUCACAAUACAGAGUAUAUUUUUCUGAAGGGCAAGGAAUGUCUGUGUAUUCCUAGGUCGAAAUUCAUGAGUGCGCUGAGUAUUUAUACAGAGGAAAAUAAUGACGCUUGCUCUAGCAGUUGUCGGGGACACAAAGAAGAUAAAUGUGGUGGUGUUUCAUCAGUAUACGAAGAAGUAUACAGUGCCUAUGAAAUAGUAAACAAAAAAAGUCCUCCUGGAAUGAAACCCGGAAAUACUUGUGCAGCAGUUUAUUCGGAUCCUACAAACGAAAAUUGUCGAUUCAAUUACACCAGAUGCAGUUCCAGUUUGCCGUAUAUAUGUGAAGGCUAUAACAAGACAAAAUGUUACAAUGAACCUGUGUCAUGGUACACCGCUAGACAAAACUGUCAAGAAAAGAGUUUGAAGCUUACAAGUACAAAUAAAAAACGCUGUCCAAAAAAACAACAUUGGAUUGGAACGUAUGUCGCAGAAAGAUUUAAAUGGGGAAAUGAUUUUUUACCGAGUGAUGCGCUAUGUCUGACAUUAGUGAUUGAUGGAUCUGACGUUAGAUUUGACACAGAAAAGUGUAAGAGUAUAUUGUAUUCCUUAUGUUACAAGAAACAUCAUACGACUAGCAAGAAGGAAAACGACAGUCCUUACAGAUCAACAAAUUCGGCUGGGGAAAAAAGUUCAGCAGGUCGUACAACAUAUAGGAGUGCAAUAAAAACAGAGUCCGAUUCAAAUAAGGAUAAAACAAAUACUAUCGUUCUGAUUGUAGCUGGGAGCGUUGGAGGAGUUCUCGUACUUGUGAUUGUCUUAAUAAUUGUGAUAGUUAUUAAAAGAAGAAUCAAAACAGAACGCGAGAAUAUGGAUGUAGGUGUUGUUCAGAGACAGCCUGAUACUAACUCAAAGCCAAUUAAGAAUACCAUUCCAGAAGAAAGUAGGAUAUUAGUAAAUGUUACAGAAGAAGGAAUUUAUAAUCAUUUAGGAGACUCAGAAAAAAUGAUUGAAAUGAAACAACAAGAUUCAUCAAUAUAUGAUGUAAUGGGGGAUGAUGAAUACUACGUGUUUUCUGCUGGUGAAAAACGACAGAAAUUUAAAGACGAUGAUGACCUAUACGAUCAGGGUGCAUCGAGUGAUGUUUACAAUACAACGAAUGACACAGUUACGACAAACAGACCCGAAUCAGACACAUACAAUGUCAAAUGAACUGAACUGACACUGCGGCUGCAAUUUGUACUUACUUGACUGUUACGAUAUAUUUGGUUCACAGCUGAUCAUACAAUUGUACAUACAUAUGAUAUAUCUAUUGUGUCAAUUUGAUUAUUUUUAACCUUCAUUUGUAUAAAUUUGAAAAAGGGUUCACUUAUUUCCUAAUGGUUUAAAUGAAAGAAUUUUUGUAAACAAUUGUCUAGUAGGGUCAGAUAAGAAAAUUUUCAUUGCAUAUGUUUUAUGAGAGGCAGGAAGUACUAAGAGUUCUGGAGUAAGAGAGUUAUAUGCUGAUUUGGUUUUAGGGUACUUGAUGUGUAGGUCAAGUUUGUAUCAUAAGAGUGCUUCCAUUUUUAGAGUAAUUAAAUUUCUGAAUGUAUUUAAUCGGAAAUAAGUUUACAUUCUAAGUAAAUUAUAUUGUAUUUUUAGUUUUUAGAGCCGCCUAGUUAUUGCAAUUUUACUUAAUGCACUCUUACUACAUGAUAUAUAUAUGUACGAAAAGCUAGAUGAUUAACCCGUGAAAACCAUUGUAAUAUGACUUAUCCGAUCGAAGAUCGAAAUUUCAGUCGUUCUACCGAAAAACUUAUAAUAUUAGGACUAGGAGACGUGGUAUGAUUUCCAUAAUGAGACAUCUAUUCAUCAGAGACCACUGACCUUGGAUAUAAGCAGCUAUUGGUCAUCGUGUAGCCUUCAACAAUGAGCAAACCCAUACUGUAUAGUAAACUACAAAAAAAAACGUGAAAACCGAAGAUCUGAUUGACGCUCAAACAAUACACGAAAAACAAAUAUGGCGGACAACAAUCAAAAACUCUGAACUACAAAUUCCAGACUUGAGAGAGGUAUGUAAACAAUGCGACAAAAAUAAAAAUAUAUUAGCAAACGAGCAAUCCUAUCUUUAAACUGGAAAUUGGUGUAACAGCACAACAUAGAAACAAAUUGAAAAAUCAGUUGAAAAGGCUUACCUACUCAGAUCCUCGCGUAUUAUAAAACAUAACUAACAUAAGGACAAAGGUCACAAACUACCGAUCUAAGACAAUGAGAUGAGAUGAUUGAAGCUGUUAAUUUUCUCCUUGAUAAUAUUUAUGUACGUUUCGGCAACAAAGUUUAUCGACAGGUUGUAGGUAUUCCUAUGGGCACUAAUUGUGCCCCUUUAAUAGCAGACAUAUUCUUGUACGGUUAUGAAUCACAGUUUAUGACCAAAUUCAAUAAAGACCAGUCUAAAUUGCAUUUUAUUGUUAAAUUCAACAACACUUAUCGUUAUUUUAAUGAUAUUUUUUCGUUAAAUAAUCAAGAAUUUUCUAAAUGUACUGCCGAAAUUUACCCAAAGGAGCUUACUUUAAAUAAAUCAAAUGUAAGCAUGUAAACGGUAAUAACUGUCUUUUCCUAGAUUUAGAGAUUUCAGUUUUACACGGGAAACUCCACACUUAAAUUUACUACAAAAGGGACGAUUUUUCGUUCCCUAUUGUUAAUUUUUCUUUUUUGGAUGCUGAUGUUCCUUUGGCACCAUCUUACGGCGUUUAUAUAUCACAACUCGUUCACUAUGCCCGUGUCUGUUGUAACGUUUCGGAUUUUAAUAAACGUAAUCUAUGUAUUACUGGUAAAUCAUUUAAAGUUAGGGAUUUCGUUACCACAAAUUACUUAAAACCUUUACUUAAUUCUUCCAUAGAUAUAAAGAUUUGGUUUUGAAUUUUGGUUGUACCUGUAGAAAACUUAUUUCAAACGGGAUAGCACAUCAUCAUUUUUACGAAUAUGUUGUUUACCGUGCCCUGGAAUUGAGAAACGAUCCUGGUAAACUUAUCGAUCCUUUAAAUAAACUUAUUCUAAAAGGUUACCAAUUCAAUACUGUAAUUAGAUCUUUGAAUAUUGUGUUUUUUAGUAUUAACAUUGAUUUUGUUAUCAGUAAAUUAAAAAAGCAAACUAAAUAUUAUUGUUAUAUACACAUGCACAUUCAUGGCUCUACAAUCGGUCCAUACCUGUAUCUUGGCAUUGUAUAUGGUCAUGUUUUUCUCUGACUAUUUAUGACGUCUUUACACUAAAUCCAUCGGAUGUUGGAUGUGUACUGAUUGAUAAUUUAGUCUUAGAUGCAUGAUUUUUUUUUAUAAGUUGUUAUCGGCUUUGAUCUAGCUGUCAGAAAUUGCGAGUACUCUUAGAUCUGUACUUAGUGUCCGUUUGUUGUUGGGAUGUACAUGUACCCGGCCACGUCCACUCUGUGUUAGUGUUAUAUGUAUUUCUAUUUGUAUCCAUCUGAUGAGUUAAGCCUUUUCAACUAUUUUUUAUAGUUUGUUCGUAUGUUGUAUUGUUACACCACUGUCCCAGGUUAAGGGGAGGGUUGGCACCUUCAAACUAGUUUAACCCCGCCACAUUCUGUAUGUGCCUGUCCCAAGUCAGCAACCUGUAAUUCAGUGGUUGUCGUUUGUUGCUGUGUAAAUUUUUUGUUUCUCGUUCAUUAUUUUGUAUAUAAAUUAGGACGUUAGUUUUCUCGUUUGAAUUGUUUAACAUUUGUCAUUUCGGGGCCUUUUAUAGCUGACUAUGCGGUAUGGCCUUUGCUCAUUGUCGAAUGCCUUACGGUGACCUAUAGUUGUUAAUUUAUGUGUCAUUUGGUCUCUUUUGAAGAGUUGUCUCAUUGGCAAUCUGGCAAUCAUACCACAUCUUCUUUUUUAUACCAUUAUUUACUGAAGGUUAGUUGAAAGUUUUAGACUUUUUGUCAAUAAUCUUUGUGUUUUAUGUCAAUUUGAUGAAUCAAGCCAUUUUUAUUUUUUGUUUACUUCCUAUCUUAUCCGUGUCCCUUUGUCUUUGGUGAGGAUGGGGCUGCUAAGCCCACCAUAUUCUGUAUGUGCCUGUCCUAAGUCAGGACCCUGUAUUUCAGUGGUUGUUGUUGGUCGCUACAUAUUAUAUUCGUGUUUCGUUUAUUUGUUUGUACAUUGGUUUUCUUGUUUGAACUAUUUAACAUGUUUCCAUGUCUGACCCUUGCAUAGCUUACUAUUAGGUAUGGAUUUUGCACAUUGUUGUUAUAGUGACAUAUAGUUGUUUACAUCUACGUCUUUUGAUCAUCUGAGGAAAGUUGUCUCCGACCACAUUUUCUUAAUUACAUUUUCAAACUGUUGUAAGUUGAAGUUUUUCUCUGUGCUAUACAUUCUUUACGGAAAGACAUAAAAUUGAAUGUGCUCAACCUAUUAUAGUAAGUAUUUCAAAAGUCAUUUGGGUCUAAAUGUUAUAAAUGGUUUAGCCUUGACACAGAAACCCCACAUUCAAACAACAGUUUUCUGUGAAGUAAAUGAAGUACUUUUUGAGGAAAAACACAGUAACACUAUGUCUUAGCACACAUUUCCUCAACAUGUUGAUUUAGAAACUGAUAGUAUAUAAUUAUCUUUAUUAUACAAAUGUGACAUGACUUUAUACUUUUGAAAACAUGUUUUGUAGUUUAUAAGUAUUUUGUUUUCCGUGUAAAUAGUUUGGAAUGAAGACGUGGAAAUACAAUCCGUUUCAGUCGACCAGAUUAACUCUCUAAUCAUAUUUCACUCGAAUGCUAGAAGCAUUAGCAAUCAAAUUUAUGAAAGCAAACGAGUUUUUCAAUAAGAAAAAUUCGGGUAACCCGAAGAAAUUUGGAACCUAUUUAAGAAAAAAAGCAGAUUUAAAAUUAAAACUCUUCCCCUUCAGCGAAUUUACUCGAUGACUUUUUUUUUAUCAAUAUCUUAUAUCGAUUUAACGCCGCCAAAUUUUGAUAUAUGAACUAAAAAUAAUUGAGACAAUCUGCAAAUAACAUUUGAUGAAAUGAAAGUUGUUCCAGAAACUCUUGAACUGAAAUAAGCCAUUGGAAACGACCACAUAAGUCAUAAUAUGAAAAAAGUAGACUGCAUCAACCGUAUGUAAACCUUUACCAUUUGUUUCUAGCUUUUCUUUGCAAUGUGGUCAACUCUCUAUCCAUGUAAAUCUUUACACCUUGCCCUUUUAUUAUUUUAAAAAGGAUGGAGUCAGAUCCAACUAACUAUAGAACAAUUUCUUUGUUAACUUGUAUUAAUAAAACUUUUGAAUGUUUUAUUUUAAGUAAGUAUAUAUUGUGUUAUUGUGCUAUGGUCAUUUUUGAAAUAUUGUCUUUCAUUUUUGCUUUUAUACUUUUUCUAUAUCAUGUAUAUGCCAUUUUGUGUUUAUUUGUUGAAACAGUUAUUUGUUUUAUUCGUGAUUAAAACUAUAUUACAAUGUUGACUGCUGUACCCCAAUUUUUGACGUGUAUACCUAUUAUGUCUGUUUGAUUUGCUCACACAUUGUUGUCAAUAUAAUGAAAUGCAAUGCGACUGUCGAACAAGUGAGAGAUUUAGCUACCUAAAAACCAGGUUUAAUCCACCAUUUUCUACAAAAGGCAAUGCCUGUACCAAGUCAAAAAUAUGACAAUUGUUUUCUAUUCGUUAGAUGUGUUUGAGCUUUUAAUUUUGCCAUUUUAUAAAGGACUUUCAGUUUUGAAUUUCCUUUGCAGUUCGGUAUUUUUGUUAUUUUGCCUUUUAACUAUUUGAAAGACGAUGCUUUUGUGUAUCGAUAUUCAUCUGGCUUUGAGGAUGGUCAUUCAACAGUACAACCAUGAGAGAAAUAUAUCACCAUAUCGGAUAGGCUCUAGGAUAAAAUAAAAACUUUUUUGUUUUUGUUUUGUGUUAUUUCUAAAAAAAAAUAAUCGUGUUUGACAUAAGGGAUCAGUCCAGAACAUAAAAGACUAUGGAAUUUCUGUCAGUCAGUUAAAUGUAUUGAAGUAUAUCUUAAUGACAGACAUCCUAAAAGUAAUGGUAAUGAAUUGUCUAUUAGAUUCAGGAAACAUAAUAGAUACUGUUCUGCAAGGAUCUGUUCUUGGUCCUUUCUUGUUUUAUUGUAUAUAUCAAUGAUAUUGCGAAUAAUAGUUAAUUUUUAAUUCAUACAAUUGAUUCUUGUGUCUUUUAAGAUAGUUCGUUAUAUAUAAUUUGCUGAUGCAUAUGUAUUAUUUUGCUUGUUUAUUAACUGAAGAGUACCUUUGUAUAUUGGAACGACUUGUUUCAUAUCCUUUUGUGUAAUCAUGGCAAUAAAAUGUGUUUAAACUA